CAUUUCAGUAAACCGUUUACCAGCUUUGAUACAGUGAAGAGUGCAGAACACACAGAAACACAUAAGUCAAAAAAUGGUUUUCAAGAUCUGAAUGGCGUAGAAAAGUUUCUGGAUGGUAGUAGCACUGCCAUUAGUGCUCCAACAAGUCCUUAUUCUAGUCCUGCACUUAGUCCUACAAGAUAUGUACCAAAUCUUUUCACAUCUAGUUACAAUCAUCAUACUAAGGUGCACAUUUGGUCAGCACCAGAAAUGCCCGCCUGGGAAAUGAAUCUAGGAUUCUCUUCCCAGAGUCUUCCUGAGAAAGCUCCUUGUGGUUAUUGUGAUUCACCACAACAAAGUCCAAACUUAACUUCACCUAGAAAUGCCUUGAAUCUGAGCAUGGCAUCGCUUUCAGUGCAGGACAAAGUACCAACUGAAAACCCAACAAUAAGGCGUGAAAAUAAUGUUCAUCCCUUACCACUUCCUCCAGGACCUCUUCUUCCUCCAGGAGCGACAGUGCCUACAAUGCCUGUUCAUGUUUCCCAAGUUACUAGGAAACCAGAGCCCAUCCCUAUAUGUUCUCAUUGGAGCAAAGGAAAACUUAUUGGAAGGGGUACAUUUGGAAGUGUAUAUUGUGCCUCCAACAGGGAAACUGGUGCUCUAUGUGCAAUGAAAGAAGUCGAUCUAUUUCCUGAUGAUCCAAAGUCUGCAGAGAGUAUAAAACAGUUAGAACAGGAAAUUGAGGUUCUUAGCCGGCUAAAGCACCAAAACAUCGUGCAGUAUUAUGGUAGUGAAGUUGUUGGAGAACGGUUCCACAUAUAUCUGGAAUAUGUGCAUCCUGGUUCAAUUAAUAAGUAUGUACGUGAUCAUUGUGGUGGAGCCAUGACAGAAUCUGUUGUUCGGAAUUUUACUCGCCAUAUUUUAUCUGGAUUGGCUUACUUGCAUGGCAUGAAGACAAUCCACAGGGACAUCAAAGGAGCUAACUUGCUGGUUGAUGCCAAUGGAGUUGUUAAGCUUGCGGAUUUCGGAAUGGCUAAACAUCUUGUUGGGCCAAUAGCUGAACUUUCUCUAAAGGGCAGUCCUUACUGGAUGGCUCCUGAGCUCAUACAAUCGGUGUCACAGAAAGAUGCUAGCCCUGAUCUUGCUUUUGCUGUUGAUAUAUGGAGUUUGGGUUGUACUGUAAUUGAGAUGAUGAAUGGAAGACCUCCAUGGAGCGAUUAUGAAGGGGCUGCAGCAAUGUUCAGGGCUCUGAAAGAGAAUCCACCUAUGCCGGAAAGUUUAUCUUCAGAAGGGAAAGAUUUCCUACAGUGUUGCUUCCAUAGAAAUCCAGCAGAGAGGCCUAGAGCUACUGCAUUACUAGACCAUCCAUUUGUAAAGAACUCACAGCAACAGCAGCAGCAGCAGCAGCAGAAGCAGCAGCAGCCGGUGGACAGCAUUCAAAAAUUCCCCCAGGCCCUUAUAAAUGAGAUUCACAGCUUGCCUACUGAUAAGGCCCCACCCAGAUCACGGCAGCUUCUUAACCAAAGACCAGGUCCGCUGAUUCUGCCUCCUGAUCAGUUUAGUAAAGGAGGAGGAAGGCCAGCAGCAGCAGCAGCAACAGCUAACAAGCAGCAUGAGAUUGGGACACCCCCUGAGAUAACCAGGGUUUCUCCUCGUUCUACCCUUGAUUUUUUAUCCCCUCAACAGUCAGGACAUGGCUCAAGCAGCAGCCGCAACAGCAGCAGCUAUUUGAUGGCCCCUCCUCCUGUAAUGCACAUCCAUGGUUAUGGUUAUGUACCACCAAAGAGAUCUGUGGAACAAACUGAUUGA